AUGUUCGGGAUGUUCUUGUCCUCUCUCUGGCAAUUAUUCGCCCUGGCCGGUCGUUUCUUCCUCGCAGCGCUGCUUGAACUCCUAGCAAUCAGCCUGCAAAAUCAUGAUACUGCUAGAUGCCAUGGAUUUGCGGCGUGGAAUCAUCUCCAGAGAUCCAUUCCGGCCCCUGAGAUACUCAGGGAGCGAUCGGCCACUCACUGCAAGAAUGUGCAGUCGAUGAAGCUUGGAGAUGGAUCUUCGGAACGUAUUCAACGCUCCCAGACACUUUAA